GGGAUCAGUCAGGGUUUGUACAUCGAAGCGGGAGCACGCUUCUUGAGCCGCUGAGAGAUCUCCCAUGCGGUGUCUGUGGUAUUCCAUGAAGUGUUGGUAGAGGUGGAGAGUGGAAAGAUGGUGUCGAGUGUAUGUCGUGGGUCAUACCCUAGCAUGACUCCUCAUGCAUCGCCCUCCCGGAAGCCAAACAUCGACCCCCAAAAGGAUUACUUUUCCCCGCUCCAAGUGGAAACCUCGGUGGAGUAUGAUCUUCCAGCACACAUCUACCCGCCGAAGGGCUCCCAGCCCAUCCUCAUGAUCCACCCGGGUUACAUGUCUGCCGUCCGGGCACGAUCCAGAGCUGUCGUCACCCCUUCGCCCACCGCUAUGGUGGCCACGUCGGGGGCGGCUCGCCCGCUGGCGCCUUUGCAGUUGCCCCAGCAGCAGCAACAGCCGCAACAGCAACAGCAGCCGCAGCAGCAGCAACAGCAACAACCACAGCAGCAGCAGCAGGUGGCGAGUGCUCGGUCUACUCGCGCCGUACAACCACGGCCCUGGUGCAUGUGUGGUAACCCCAACUGUAAUUCAUCUAGUGUCAAAUCAGUUAAUGUACAGAGUGCGAGAAACGUGCAAAAUGUGCAGAGCCAGAGUGCGGUAAGAAGUGUACAGAACCAGAGUGGUGCAAGAAGUGCACAUAGCCAGAGUGUGUCUAGAAUUAUACAGAAUCAGAGUGCCACAAGAAACGUACCUAACCAGAGUGUACUAAGAAGUGUUCAGAGCCAGAGUGCAAGAAGUGUACAAAGUGCUCGUGAAGGAAGUAUGGUUGGAUUACCGAGCAGAAAUGAAGUGAUUCUGCUGCAACAACAGCAGCAGCAGCAGCAGCACCAACAGCAGCAGCAGCAGCAACAGCAGCAGCAGCAGCACCAACAACAACAGCAGCAGCAGCAGCAGGUGCAGGUGCAGCAACAGCAGCAACAACAACCGCAGCAGCCACCGCCCCCAGCACCUCAGCAGCAGUCUCAGCAACUGGUGUGGGGUAACGGAGGCCGCUGCACAGGCCCUUGCUGCAACCCGAAGGCGGCGGCGAUGGCACCUCCUCAGGCAGAGUUCGUGGCGCCAGGUCUGCCACCUUCCCUGUUGGCUAGAACACCUACCAGAGGCACAGCGGGCGGCUCACCCAAGCUACGGGCGGCCAGGACGAGACGUGGUUUGUCAGUCGCCAGCAGUGUCAACUUGCCUGAUUAUCUUGGCAGUAGUCGGCCGGCCAGACUGACGGGUGGAGCUGUCCAUGUCCAUCCACGCCCAAGGGCAUUAUCUACCUCUAUGGGGGCUCUAGCAGCCACGCCCGCGCCAUCCAUGGCUCACCAGCACAUGGGUAUGGGCGCCUCCCUCACUACUUCGUUAGAUCUGGCCAGGACGGAUCCCAUUACGCCCAGGUCACUAAUGCCCGUCCAGCAGCAGCAGCAGCAACAACAACAAGCACAGUCACAACAACAACAACAACAACCCCAGCAAGCACACCAACCCGUGCAACAAGCUCCCGCGGGAUCCACAUCUUCACUCCUGUACACUGUUGGACUUUCGAGGGACUCGGGAUGUUCAGUGGGGACGGAGACUGCGGGCGGCGAGUGGGCGUCGGACAGAACUCGUGGCCUCGUCGACUCAGGAUUCUGCACACCAGUUGAUCUGACGGACGAUUUUGUGACAGUUCCAGGGAAGGUGAGAGUGUACAGAUACAGCAAGAGAGGGCCACGCCAGACUCCCAGGGGCGCGGCUUGUGGUGUGGGACUUGGUUACGAAACGACGGAGCUGAAGGCAGUUGUUGGUACCCUGAUACGCUUAACUUGAGUGGCGGCAGCUGGAAGGAGCCCUCCCUGCCGCUGCCUUCCUCCAUGACUUCCACCUCCAGCAGCAGCAGCAGUAGUGUCCACACCUCCUCUCUCCUGCCGGGGACGACCCACACCUCCUCUCUCCUGCCAGGGGCGGCCCACGCCCAUCACUACCUCCCACAGCCCUUAUGGAACUUGGCCUACUAAGGGUUCUACGCUUACCGAGCACCGGGGCCGCAGCCACAGGGGCCUGGGUAUCCCUCCCGCCGGGGACGCUGACGGGGACACCAUGACCGGUUUUGCGAACUGAAAAUUAAGGCGAUGGAAGAUUUCUCCUUCAGAAGACGAGUGACUGACGCGAUGAAAGACUCAGAAUUGGGGUCAUGCGAUUUUGAGACGAUGAGACGGCCUGUUCAGCGACCCGUCCCCGGCCUCACCUUUGCCUCUCGCCUUUCACUCAGGACUUCCUUAGACCCUCUUAUCGACUCUGAUUGCUGUAACUUUGUUUACUGAGCUCACACUUCACUCUCCUCCUUGACUCAUGAUUUCUCCUUCCCCUCGCCCCAGCCCGCGGCCCCUACGUGCCCCUCAGAACCAACACUGUGCUGUGAUAUGCCGUGCUGGCCUACGGAGCCUCGUCGCGAUUGUCAGUCCUCCUCGUCGUGGUCAUCGUCAUUAUCAAUGUCGUCGCCAAUCAUUAGCAUAGUAGCAAGAUGACCGACUGCAUGAUAGCUGGUGGCCUUUUGCGUCACCGUGGUCGUCGCCUGGUCGCUAUAACAAUCGUCGUCACCUUGUGAUUGAAGGCUGUCGGGAAGCGUCUUGGUGGUGGUUACGGCCACGCCUGCACCUCCCGCCUGCCUCCCCCAAUCCCCUCCUCCUCUUAUUAAAAGAACAGUUGUGGUCGUCGUCGUCGUCGUGUCAAGUCGUCAUCGUAGUGAGUAGUGAAGGUAGAGUCAGCCCGAGUCACCGUGGAGGGUUGAGUGGUCUCUUCCUCUUCCUCCGAGGGGAACCUCUCCUUUUCAUCACCUCGGCUAAUUAUCUCAUGGUGUACUAUUAAGUGUGGAAACUUAUGGGUGUGCUUACGUACGGGAAUUUCUAAUGUUAAUCAUAAUACCUACUGAUAAUAAUUAAUAAUAACACAGGGGUUAGUUAAGUCAGUGAGUGUUGUCGAUUCACUUUGUUAGUAUCUAGUGUCAUGCUGUUCCAGUCACUCCAUCCUAUGGCAAUAUUACACUGUUAUUUACACCUGCCCUUCGGUGCGAGUUCUUGGACGACACUCGAGGGACGCUGUCAGUGGCUGUUAUCCUCCGAUUUACCUCUUGGGUCCUGAGAAUCCGAACAUCCCACUCAAGUGUUGUUCGCGAAGUCGGGCCUAAAGUCUUGCACAAACGAUGCUUCAGACAUCAGUGUAUUAAGCUUGUCGGCAUUAAUUAAUGUUUUGUAAAGCUGAGUAGGUCUUUUUUUUAUAAGAUAGUGAGAAGUGAAAGUAAGACACGUGUUAGGAUAGAUUCUUAGGUGUUAACUUUAGCUCUUCUUGGAAAAAAAUAAUAAAAAUACGCUUAUUAGAAUCCAUGAACCAGACAUUGUGGUCAUUAACUCAUUUUCAUUCACUUAGUUUAAUGUUAGGUUGUAUAUUUAGUCCUAACCUUUUAAGUUAUACUAAUUUUGUUAUUUUAUUUAUAGACUGUCUUGUUUAAGUCUGUCGAUAUUCGCUCUUUUCUCCAGUAAUUUCCUUUCCUCCCUUCCAUCUUCGAAGGUUUAUAGUGUCAGUACAAUUGAGUUGUGUCAUCAUUAUUUAAUUUUGGAGUGCAUCAAAUUUUUGUUUGCAUUUAAAGAAAAUGCAUAAUCUGCUUCAUUAUAAUGUAAUGAUACAUUGUAUCAAUGUUUUGAAGAUUCAUGAUUAUCUGAGUCAUCAGUGAAGGAUACCUUAGUCGUGGCAUUGUAGCUGUACGUAAUGAUUGAGUCAUUGUAGUAAGGAUUGAGUCUGUUGUGGGUAGGUUGAGUGACUCCGGACGUGAGGCGCUGCGAGGGCCGCCCACCGCCCGCCGCCUUCUGGGGGCUGGCAGGCGACUGCUCCACGCCCUGGGAAACACUUUUAUCCCGUCCAUAUCAGGAAGGUAAAAGUAUUUCCCGGUGCAGGUCAGGCGCCAUCACAUACGGAAUCCAGUUCAUCAUGUAUGUUCUUCGACGUUCUUUAUGUAGGCGUCAGCCAUGUUCUCCAUGUACGGUGUGCUUAGAGUUCAAGCCUGACAGACUGAGUAGUGAUAACCGGUAUGAUGGCGCCAGAAGCUGGUAUCAGAACUUCUGUGUCUUGUUCGACUCAUGGAUUGUAUGUUUAAUAUUUAAGACAAGGAAACAAUCUAGGCACGCGCUCCGUCCUGUCCCUCACAAGCUCCACCUUGAAUUAUAUAUACAUAUAGUCAUGAUCGUCGAGGCGGCGCUGCUUGCGAGGACGCCACAGUGUUUCGGACACAACACGAGCCUGUGAGGGGCAACACGAGCGCAUGUCGAACCUAGACUCAUUCUGCAGGAUCAGCAGCAGCAGCUCCCAGCGGGGCAGUUCAUCGGGUGGUGGAAGCCUUAGGUCUUUGGUAGCUUCUGGACGCCAUCUUGAGCCGCUCCACAUAGCAAAUUACCCUUCAAGAGGCCAAGAUGCUACAGGCACAUAACAGUGUUACCUCCAUUUUGUAUCUGUAGUGGUAAUUAUUUCAUAAACUUAGACACCCAUGUGUGACUUGGGAUUUGCUUGUGUAUGAUACAAUGAUACUUUAACAAUUUCAAAGUCAAUGUCGUAGAAAAGUAUGUCCAUAAGUCUCGACAUUGUAACAUUUCACUACCUGAGUUGCAAGUUUUCAUCUCUGGGCAGCAGCGAAAAAAAUUCCAUCAUGUUCAUUCGCAGGUUGUUGAAAUGGUGGUAGAGUCACUGAUUUACUGUUAAGGGUCGCUGUGUGGUCUUGCUCGGUGGACUCUUGUGACGCACUUGGUGUUCGGACGUGUCAACUCUGCGUGCAAUAAGUCUUUCAAAAUAUCAUGAUUGCAGCAAAAUAUACUGGUUGCAAGGCAGCUUAUGUUGAUUAGGCUUCUUUCAGACUCAAACCUAUUUUUGUGAUGCUAACUUUAGCUUUCAUGUACAUAUGUACAAAAUGUACAAAUGUACAUAAAGAAGCCUAAUUUGUUUGAAAACAAAUUGUAUCUGUGAUUCAUUUUGGUGCGUUGGAGACGGUGCAUCUUAGCUUGUAAAUAUUCAUAUUUGUAUAUUUAAUGUGUACAGGAAAGUAAUUUUGCACUUGUGCUUGGAUUUUAACGUGUCAAACUUGUGAUAUGUGAGAAUAAAACUAAAAGCCAUUUA